UCUGGACGGGGUGGGGAGUUGGCAGAAGGACCUGCGGCGGGUCUGCUUCGGCCGCCGCUCUGGCCUGGUCUACCCCAGCGGCUGACUGAUCGCUCAGUGCGGCACCAUGGGGAAGCGGGACAAUAGGGUGGCCUAUAUGAACCCAAUAGCAAUGGCCAGAUCAAGGGGUCCAAUCCAGUCUUCAGGUCCAACGAUCCAAGAUUAUCUGAAUCGACCAAGGCCUACCUGGGAAGAAGUGAAAGAACAACUAGAAAAGAAAAAGAAAGGCUCCAAGGCAUUGGCUGAAUUUGAAGAAAAGAUGAAUGAGAACUGGAAGAAAGAACUAGAAAAACACAGGGAGAAAUUAUUAAGUGGAAGUGAGAGCUCAUCCAGAAAAAGACAGAGAAAGAAAAAAGAAAAGAAGAAAUCUGGUAGGUAUUCAUCUUCUUCUUCAUCAAGCUCUGAUUCUUCCAGCAGUUCUUCAGAUUCUGAAGAUGAGGAUAAGAGACAAGGAAAAAGGAAAAAGAAAAAGAAGAGCCGUUCACAUAAAUCUUCUGAAAGUUCCAUGUCAGAAACUGAAUCAGACAGUAAGGAUAGUUUAAAAAAGAAGAAGAAGUCAAAGGAUGCAACUGAGAAAGAAAAGGACAUUAAAGGACUCAGCAAAAAAAGAAAGAUGUAUCCUGAAGAUAAACCUUUAUCAUCUGAGUCCCUGUCAGAAUCAGAUUAUACUGAGGAGAUACGAGCAAAAAAGAAGAAAAGCAGUGAAGAACGAGAAAAAACAACAGAAAAAACAAAAAAGAAAAAGAAGCAUAAGAAACACAGUAAGAAGAAGAAAAAGAAGGCUGCUAGUUCAAGUCCUGACUCACCAUAACAUUAAGAAGAAUCAGGAUUCACUUAUAAAGAAAGUGCAAUGUCUAAGGAAAUAUCAACUGUGAACAUUAUGACAUAUUUACUAAAAUGCAUGAAUUUUCUUGUUUUUAGAAUUAUUCCUGGACUAUCAGUAGCCACUCAGAUGCCGCUGUGUGAAAGGGCCAUAAUUGUUGCCUGCUGCUUGAACAUCUGUUUUUUUCUCAUCCAGUGCUUUAUAACUGGGAGAUAACACACUGCAGUCAUACUAGUGGUUAAGAUAUUUGGGAAUAAAGUUAAUAUUUUUGACUAGAAGUAUCUAAUGAUAAAUCAACAGAAACUGAAUCUGGAUACAUCAUUAAGAUGUAAUCAGACAUGACCAGAUGACUCUAGUUAACAUUUUUGAAGUAGGGAUUACAUCGACGUUUCAAAAUCCUUACUCUGUAGAUAAGCGUAUUUUAAUUUUUUCCCCUUGUAUACUUUUGUUUACCUGGGGAAGGAGCUUUUAGGGGUGGGGGUGGGGUUUGAUAUCACUUCAGCUAGCAGAAUAGCGUGCCUUUAUCCUCACACAUCUUAUUUUUGUGGACACAGUAGCCAUGCUUCAUGGGGAGGUCAGGGCCGGGUAUGGCAGUCUUGCCCUUUACUGAGCUUAGUGACAUUGUUGGACUCUGUCAUAUGCUACUUUGAGUGAACCAGAGAAAUAGCCUUUUGCAGCAUGAGAAUGCCCCAAAAGCUCUGGGAUUUACCUCCACUUCAAUAAUACUGAAUGUUUUUUAGCAUUAGAAUGUGUUAUAACAUUUGAACUAAUUUUGACUACACUUUGGCUUUGAAAAGGAAUCAUUUCAAAUGACACUGGUACUUUUUGAACUUGAUAGCUAAAGAUUCUAAAAUGCAUGUUUUAUACUGUUAGGUUUUAACCAGUCAGGAAAAUUUUAUGUAAUCAGUGAUAGUUCCUUUAUUUUUUGUAUGAGUUUUGUUUAGGCUGUAAUGUUUAGCUUUUUAUUAACUCCUUAUUCUUGCUAUUCUAAAUUCCUUACUGUGUUUAACAGCAUACUUGCCAAGAUACUUAGCAUGUAAAAAGCAGGUUUUUGAUUUUUUUUUUUUUUUUUUAACAGCUUCAUAUUGAAGCUGAGACUUAACCAUAAAUAAGUUGAGUGACAGGCCUGGUAUGCUGUGUCUUGUUACACAAAACUAUUGCCAGAAUCUUAGUAAAUAUAACGUUUUAAAGGUUUGUCUUUGUAUAUUCACAAUGGAUUAUGACAAGUUAAAUUUAAGUGAGAAUUACAUAUUUGCUUUUCCUGUGUCAUAUUUUACUAAGAUUUUGUGCCUCAUGUCUCCUGCUGAAUUGUUUACUAGUAAUGUUAAAAAGAAUUGAUAAAUCAUUUUCACUUUACAUUUUUAUAUAAUCAGGUAACAUGAAAUAUAAUUUGAUGUACAAUUUUGCCUGUUACAGAGGGUGUGCUAAUUAUAGUGGUAUAUGCACAAAACAUUUUGGCAUGACAAGCUGAAUAAAUAGCUAUUUUACUUAAAAA